CAGGCGACUCGUCAGGGAAAUGGCGGGCAAACGGAACCUGCUAACCACACACGGCCAAGGCGCGAUGCCGUAGCCGCCAAUCGCAGCCCCCAGCCCCACCACCACACACUGACUUGCGUCUGCAACUCGGGAGAAUUGGGGGGUUACAUGCUGGCAAACUUGUCGUUUCCUAUCCGCUCGUGCAUUCGUCUGCUGCUGAGCCGCUGAUCUGAGGAUUCCAAAGGAACAACUCGGAAAGCCGGUUUCGGAAGACCGGGAAUUCGCCGAGUAGCAUCCCUCGAGUUACUAGCAAAACAUUGUGGAAGGUCUGACGACGAUCGAACCUACAUCCCUCUGUAGCAUUCAAGAUGCCUGCUCUAUACGAACAAUUCCUGCUGUUCGGAGACAGCAUAACCCAAGAUUCCUUCUCCCAAGAGCGCGGUUUCGGUUUCUCUGCAGCCCUCCAAGCUGCAUACAUACGACGACUCGAUGUAGUCAAUCGCGGCUUUAGUGGGUACAACACGCGCCAAGCUCUCCAGAUACUCCCCGCGAUCGUGCCUCCGCCAGAUCAGGCUAAGGUCCGGUUCAUGACCGUCUUCUUCGGUGCCAACGACUCGUCCCUACCAGAUGCGCCGAACAAGCAGCACAUUCCGCUCAACGAGUUUGUUCAGAACUUGAAGGACAUCAUUUUCCAUCCAAAGAUCAAAGCUCACAACCCUCGUAUCAUCCUGGUUGCUCCGCCCCCAAUCAACGAGCAUCUCUGGUGGCCAAGAGACCAGUCGAACGGGUAUACUAGCGUCUCGCGUCUAGCCAGUACGACCAAAGCAUAUGCCGAUGCAGUUGUCGAGCUUGGCGCUGAGCUCAAUCUUCCCGUCGUGAAUCUUUGGAAAACCUUCAUGGCGAAGACGGACUUCAAGGCAGACGCUUGGAAGCUCGGUGAUCAGCUGCCUGGGUCUCUAGAUGUUGCGCAGAAUGAUGCCUUGGUGGAACUCAUGUACGAUGGCCUCCACUUCAACCCGGCAGGCUACGAUAUCUUCUACCAAGAAUUGAUGAAGGUAGUUGAACAGCAGUGGCCGGAUCAGAUGCCCGAAAAGCUACCCAUGGUAUUGCCGCCUUGGAAUGAUCAAGAAGCAUGGAAGGCAUGGGAAGCCACUCAGACAUCUUAGACUAUGCAUCAGAAGGGUAAAAAUCGCGUACACGAGCAGGUUUAAUUAUAUGUGUUGAAGGUCCGACAAAGCGGGGCUCUGGGGAAGGCCCCUGGCUGUACCAAUCAGACAGGGGUGCAUAACUCCGGCAGCAUGUGGUUAGUGGCGGCGUCGUUCCCCAUGAGCCUCAGAAUAGCAUCGCGACGACAAUACGCAUCAUCAUUCCUGCAGUCGACUGUUCUCGUUCCUGUUCUUUUACCAAAUUUUUCGGGGUCUUGUACAAUACUUUGCCCAUUUUCUUAGGGCCACUUCGGAAACCGCCUGAUCUUCGGUAAAGAGCGUUGUUGCAAGAUCGCACCUUCU